UCAUGUUUUGAGGCUAUACAGUGUUUGUUCACGUUCACAUUGUUUACAAACAAAGGAGUAAAACAAGCUUAUAUAUUUUGUUCUGAUGGGGAAUGACAGCUCAUGAGGCGUCAACAAGUUAUAUUCUUGAAAUAAUUAAUGGGUAUAUAUCAUUCAUUUAAAUGUCAAAAAAUGAAUGUAGCAACUGCAGAUUGCCGCUUUAAGGGUUAGCUUUAAUUUAGCAGCUGGGAGAGAGGGGAAGGGUUGGCAAGUAGGGAGGUGUUAGUCUCAUGAAAAUGUGAGUGUGCGCAGAUGUGUGAGACACAAACUGUGUUGGCAGGUGUGAAACAGUUCUAUGGUGAGAGAGGCGGGAUCAAGAAGAAGUGUGAGAGUGAAGAAAAGGAAGAAUAUCACCACCCUGAUUGGAGACAGACAAGCUUCAGAUGGAAGUGUGAAACAGUUCUAUGGUGAGAGAGGCGGGAUCAAGAAGAAGUGUGAGAGUGAAGAAAAGGAAGAAUAUCACCACCCUGAUUGGAGACAGACAAGCUUCAGAUGGAAGAUGUGGCUGAGCCUUCUCUCUGGUUUGAUCGGCGGAUCAGCUGUCCUCUUUGCUCUCUACCGUUGGGUGAUCCCCACAGCUGUGCAGUAUCAUGGAGGACUGGCACUACUGUGGCACGAUGUCAUCGUGGAGCGUGCAGUGGACACUUUGACCCGGACAUCACGUCCUCAGAAAUAUCUGGCAUCUUCUGAAGGCAGUGCAAAGGAAAGCUUGUCAAUUUCGUUGAUUGAAGGCUCGGACCAAGGUGCAGCGUGGCUCCAUUCUGGACUCGGUGGUCAAUGAAGUGAGUCCAGUUACUGUCUUGGAGUUAGGCACUUACUGUGGCUACUCAACAGUGCGAAUAGCCUGCCUAUUACCCCCUGGCGCUAGUGUCAUUACCUUGGAGUUCAACCCAGAUUAUGCUGCCAUUGCUCGUCAAGUCAUCAGAUGGUCAGGACUGGAGGAUAAGUUGUCCAGGUGCAGCUAGUGGAGGGAGCCUCAGGAGCUUGGAUCCCUCGGAUGAAGGAGCAAUUCGGGGUCCAGGUGUUUGAAUUAGUUU